GUAGGCGGUGGACUCCCCUACAAGCAAUCUUAUUCCAUUGGCUGCCUUUUGCCAAGCUGGCUGCUUGCUGAGGCUGGUUAAUCUUUACACUUGGAGGGAAGGAGGAAGUGAGAGAUCGGCUGGUUUGUCGACCAAAGGUUGGUGUGCUGAAGUUGCAGCAAGUCUGUGCACAGCUGGUGAUAAACUCUGCCCGGAGCUGUGAGAUGUGGAGGCAUCAUCUUCGCCCAUGUCCUUCCCUGCCAGCGACUUCGGCUGCCCACCCCUGAGGAGGAGUUUCGGACUCAGUUACCCCCUCCCAUCCUGAUGCGCUAAGGACACCACCUGAUGGCUCCACCUUCAGUUCUGGGCGCAGAGACCUGGGCCGCGAGUGCUGGGGCUUGCGUGGUGACCCUGGACGUGAUCUGUGCCCUGAGUCUCCUGCUUCUCAUCCUGCUUGUGAUCUCCUGUGGAAACUGCAUGAGGAAUUCAUCUCAGUUCUCAACGGACAGGAACUACACGGAAUAUACAGAGGGCAAAUCACAGCUGAUCCGGGUGGUGAAGCUAGAUGACGAUGAACAGACAAAGAUCACCUGCAAACCGACGUUAACAGAAGGUUCCUUGCAUUCGCGAAAGGUGAGCUGGCAAAAUGAUGUGCAGGUGCCUGGGACCCUGUCCCCUGAACUUCCUCAUGCCCCUGCUCCACAGAGCAGGGCACUCCCGGACAUUCCCACAGGCCCUGUCGGCAAGGAAGACACCGAGGGGAAGGGAGACCCCAUCUACCAGACGGCCAGCGAGUUGGACGCCCCCAGCCAAGGUGCAGAGGAGGACCCAAAGGAGCAACCGUACAUGGCCUCCAGCCAGCCGGCUCCCGACGUGCCAAUGACAGAUCUGAUCGUGGAGGAGGAGGAGGAGGGUGGUAGGUCUGCCUCGGGGAAAGUGACGGCUGUCUACGCCCGAGUCAGCAAGAAGGUGAAGAACCCAUCGGACGUGGCGGCCUUGGCCCCUUGCCCUCCACCUGGGGAACUGGAGCAGGAGGAACUGCCCCCUCCCAUCCCAGAAAAGCUCUUCAGCGAUGGAGAAAUUGGCGGUUCACCAGGUGACCAGAGCUGGGGACCGGACAACUGACAACCCCUCCCAGGGGCAGGGUGCGCAUGCUGACCCCCUGGAGGAGGGGCACCAUGGAUGAACAAGUGCGGCGAUUGGACUGGUCAGGCGGAAGGGCUGACUGAUGAGGACAGGAGACCAGCACUGCAGGACGGCACCUCUCUCUGGGCUCCUUGUCAUCAGCCAUCUUGGGCCAGCUCACACCCCCGGCUAACAGCUUCCUGCAGACUUCAGCUCACACACGUCCCUUCCCACAUAUUAUUGGGGUAGGGUGAGCAAGAUGGGGGGGCAGGGGUUGGAGCCCUCCCUUUAAUGCUCCUUCACCAGCGUGGCUGGCACCAUUUGAGAAGAUUGCCAAAUCCCAUGCGGAAGAGAUCGCCAAUGUCCACUGGAUAGCACCUUGUGUUAUGCUUUCCAGUGCCAGGGAUCGAGGUUCGAUUCCCACUGCUGUCUGUAAGGAGUUUGUACGUUCUCUCUGGGACCGUGUGGAUUUCCUCCAGAUGCUCCGGUUUCCCCCCGCUCUGUGGGUGAACCUACCCCUGAACUGUCACCUCGGCAACCUGUGCGCUGUUCAGUCCCGCUCUGGGGCAGAGGAACGUCUGAUGUGCUGUAACUGUUGGUUACAGAAUGGCCUGAAGCAGUUAUGUAUGGGUUAGAUUACAAACGUUUGUAGAUCAGGGUUGCUUCUCAUAUGUACCUCGAAACUUAAAUGAAGUGUACCAUGUGCAUCAAUGACCAAGAGUGUGCAAAAACAUGCUGGGACAGCCCGCCACGCUUCCUGCCCCAACACAGCUGACUGACCCUAACAUGUACAUCUUUGGAGGAAACCAGAGCACCCAGAGGAAACCCACAUGGUCAUGGGGAGAUCGUACAAAUUCGUAAAAACAGCAGCGGGAAUUGACGCAGCGUCCUGACGAAGGGUCUCGGCCUGAAACGUCGACUGUACCUCUUCCUAGAGAUGCUGACUGGCCUGCUGUGUUCACCAGCAACUUUGAUGUGUGUAGCGGGAAUUGAACCCUGAUUGGAUAGCUCGCACUGAGAGCGUUACGCUGACCGCUAUGCUACCCCGCUGCCUGUGUAUCGAUGCAGAGCAGAGCCUCAGUGUAUAACGGGCAGGGAAACUGGAGGUAGGGAGAUGUGUCUAUCCCAGAGUGAUCCCAGGAGUGCACAGCUCCCUCCCAUUUGUCCAGCAUUUCCCCCGUGCUUGUCGGUGGUAGGCUGACACAGCGUCACGGAGACAGAGCUCGAGGGCAAUGGAACCCAGCAGCAGGACGGGGAGUAAUCAGCAGCCCUGACUCCUCAUCCUCCAGGCAGUGAAUGCUGGUUGUGUGGUGUCAUACAGCGCAGGAGGCCAUUUGGCCCGCAGAAUCCAUUCUGGCCCCAUUCACUCCAAUCCCAUUUCUUCCUUUCCACCAACUCGUCACUUUGCUCUGGUACACCCACAUGUCAUUUACCCCACCGAUGCGCAUGUCCUCAGGAUGUGGAUCGAAACCGGAGCACCCGGGGAAAGCCAGUCCAGACACUCCACAUAGACAGUACCUGACUUGGGUCCCUGGAUUUGUACCAACAGCGUCACCCGGUUGCACGGCUGCUGAGUGUUAUUUUUAAUAUUGUACCAACAGUAAAAAGCAUUUACCAUUUGUUAAGGGCAAGGUCUCAGUCCAAAACAUCGACUGUUCAUUCCUCUUCAGAGAUGCUGCCUGGCCCACUGAAGUUCCUCCGGCAUUUUGUGUGUGUUGCUCUGGAUUUCCAACAUCUGCAGAAUCUCGUGUUUGUAAUCUUUUUUUAAUUCAUUAAAAUAAAAGGCAGAUAUGCAGAUGCUGGUGUGUCGAGGGAC